UUCCCGGAGCCGAAGGAUCCCGUCCCGGAGCCGCCAGUGCCCGCCGAAAGCUGCGGGGAUGCCCCAGCGGCGGGCAGUGCCCACGCUGACCACGCUGUGCCUGCAGAACCUGGCCCAGCACAUGCAAAGCCUCUGGGUCAAGGACUACAGUGACAACUACCUGGACGAGUAUGAGUUCCGCUUCCUCGUGGGCCCCUUCAACGACCUGGCCUACGGGCUGGUGGAGGAGCUGCUGCAGCUGCUGGGGACGAGCCGGCGGCUGUCACGUGCAGCGCUGCACCUGCUGCUGCUGCCACACCUGCGCCAGCUCAGCCUGCGGCCCUGCCCCGCGAUCGCCAACAACGCCCUGGGCCACCUCAUCGUCCUGCGCUGCCAGGGCCUGAGCGUGCUGGACCUGGGGGGCUGCGGGCGGCUCUCACCGUCCGUGCUGGUGGACCUGGCUGAGGGGCUGCCACACCUGAGCCGCCUGGGGCUGGCCCACACCCAGGCCAACGUCCAGGUGCUCUCGGCCGUGGGCUCCUGCUGCCGCCACCUGCGGGAGCUCGACGUGACUGGGUGCAAGAAGGUGACACCACGUGCCCUGCGGCACCUGGGCUACGACCUCCUGGCACGGACCCCAAGCUGCCCCGCGCUGCGCGUCCUGCUGGCCCGAGACCUGGAGCACACCGGGGAUGGGGACAUGGUGGCUGCUGUGGCCUUCCUGCUGCUGGCCCUGCCAUGCCUGGAGGUGCUGGCACACAGUGCCCUGCCGGAUGCGCUCCAGCUGCUCCACUCCCGGAAGCUGGACGGCACCGAGGACUCUGAGGAUUUCCCCUCGCUGAAGGAACUGGUUCAGGGCCGGGGGGCUGCAGCAGAGGGAGCCCGGCUCAAGCUGCCCCUGCGGCAGCUGGAGGAGGUGGAGGAGGAUGUCCUGAGCACCGUCCACGCCGUGUGUCCCUGGGCCGAGGAGGUCAGCGUGUGGCUGGGGGACAAUCCCGGCCCCUCCGGGCUCCAGGAGCUGCUGGGCUGGAAGCGCCUGUCCCGAGUCACGCUGGGCUGCUCUGGGCGGCACGGCCGGCCACUGGCAGAGGUGCUGCCCCUGGCACAGGGCCUGGGCACCCGCCUGCACACCCUGACCCUGCACGGCUUCAGCUGCCGGGACCCACUCUCUCUGCCCACCCUGCUCUCCAGCUGCCCCGGCCUGCAGAGCUUCAGCGCCGAGCUGGAAGUGCCACCGGACCCUCACACCCACGACGAGCCCCCCGAGGAGCCCCCCGCCCCACCACCACCUUCUCGCUGA